UUACUUCCAGCCAGAAACUCGUGAUGUGUGAAGGAGAAAUGAGCAGUGAAAUGAUGGAGUCGAAGCACAGACUGAUCGGCCCGUGAAACAUGUAGUGUGCCUUCGACUGUAACAGUUCUUGUACUGACAAGCAACUAGAGUUCGAUUAGUUGCUGGCCUUGUUUGGUUGGAUCGAUGCGACAUCGAAAGUCUACCGGAAACGUGCUGAGAAGUUCGUUUGUUCUGCCAUAGCGGGCAACAGCGCGGCAAGACGGCAUCCUUAUCACCUACUCGGCUCUGCCUGUGCGUGUAUGCACGUACUGGUGGUGGUGGUGAAUGUACUUGUACAUAUGCAGACGUGUGGUGAUUUGGCCGGCGUAGUAUCAUGCUGAGUAUCCUGCCAACGACCGUUGCACUGUUUGUCCUAACUGUGCAAUGUGUGGCCGGCAGCUCUGUUGUCGGCGCCGCUCCACCCUGCACGGCAUUCUUCAACAUUCCGAAUGCCACGGUCAGCAUGAUCCCCGACCCCCUUGCCAAUGUGAUUGUUCGAUGCCACCUUGGCUUUGAGAACACGGACGGCGGACAGGGAUGGAAAAAGUAUAACUGCUCCUCCACCAUCAGCAACAUGACUAGCCACGUCAAGCCUGGCACGCUCCCAACGUGUGACAUGAUAGUCAACUACUGUCCUAUGAUCAGAACCACCAUGUUUAUCCUAGGCACUGGCAGUGGUACAAUCGGCACCGUCGAGACCAAGCGCUGUCAGCCAGGUUACGUAGGCUUUGGGGCACCAUCGUUCACUUGUGGCAAAAGCAACCGUACCACCGGUACUUGGAUGGGCAAUGGCGGGUGUGUGGCUGUGCAAUGUCAAGCACCACCGGAGCUAGCAUCGCCUCUGGGCACCCUUCCUGGUCAAUACCUGUACAACUCUACAAUGUACGGGGCAGUGGCAACGCUGGCAUGCUCGGCAGGCUAUCAGCUACGGUACGACGACAGCACCGCCACCGCCGCAGCAAGCAGGUCCAGAGUGAUCACUUGCCAGGCGAACGGCCGCUGGUCGAACGGCACGGCCACAUGUGACGGAGUGGGCCCAGACCUUUACCUCACCCUUCCGCCUGGAAAUGACACAGAGGCCGUGCAGUUUGUGUAUGGCCUGUGCGUGUGGGAUGCCAACGACGAGCGUCUACGUGACGUGACCUCGUCCGGAGCUCACUCGGCCAGCAAGACGGCGUUCCCGAUUCUCUUCAAGCGGAUGCCCCCGGGCUACUACGUGGUGCGUAUCGAGGACGUCGUUCCGAAACAGACGCGUUCGAGCACGCGUAUCAUGUAUGGGAUUGAGCACAACACGACCGAGGACAUUCCCAGUAUACCUAGCGUGGACAACAUGUGGCGAAGUUUGGCACCACCGACGAAAAAUGAAAUCUAUGUUAUCAAGAUGCAUCCGAACCCGUUGCAGUACGACAUGAUCAGGUUCCGUCUUCACAACCCGAUCUCCAACAGGACCAAGACCAUUGAAACGCGCAUGAGCUCACACAGCGUGGCGGUGCCAGUCGCCGAGAUUGGAAUGACGCCGUCACUGUACACCUACGAAUACUGGAAGAACGCAGAUUCACAAGUGGUCUCCCUGCCAUCCAUGACUCUUGCAUUCAUACCAGCUUCACUGCCAAACGACACCAAGGACGCUGCGAAUACUACGACUCCUCCAUCUCAAGCACUCACAGGCCUUAUACAAACCACCCAUGCCCCUUCCACCCCGGCUCCCAGCAAGAAGAACGUAACGGCUGCCACCAAACAACCUUCAGCUUUUCCACCCGUCACGGACUCGACUAGCACUGCGUCCGCCUCCCACCCCCCUAUCCCACACGGCAAUCUACCUACCUUCCAGCCUGGCCCGCAGACAAUGUCCGCCAUUAUGAAUAGUACUAUCACCAAAACUACACGCAGCCCAACAUUCCCUCCCGCCUCGGCAACGCCGUUUCUAGAAAAGCAGUCACUGUUCUCGUCCAGCUCCCUGUACAUAUUAGUAGGCGGUGGGGUGGGUGCUCUGCUGCUUCUUGCCAUGAUCUGGUUCUUUUACCGAAGGCGCACGACAAAGAAAGUCAUCCAAGACCCGUCCCUACCGAGCCGCUUGGCCAGAAGUUCCAAGAACGACUACGGCGAUGGAAAGCCUAUGAAUACCUAUGAAUGCUACGAUUCCAAUCCACCGACUGGCAUAGCGAAGACACGCAGCAGUGCCGAGUCGGAGUUCAGCACCGCCACGUGCUCCUUGCAGGACUCCAAGGCCAUGUCGCGCACGACCAUAGUGGCAAUGGCAGACACCAUCGCCAGUCCCAUGCUGAGGGCGCUGCGACGUAACCGCAGCUCCGUGUUCAGUAGUGACGACGACGGCCAUGAGAAGUUUCCAGCGUCGGGUUACGACAAUGGCUCGUUAGGCUCUACGACCAAGAUGCAGUUACGACGCCAGGACACCGAGGUAGCCAUGAUGGAAAUCUCGGAUACGUACGAGAUCGUCGAGGAGACCGCGUCGCACAGCAUCGACCAGCAGAAGGCCUGGGAGAAUCUCGGCGAACGCUCGUUUCUGGACGACGUGUUCUGCCUGCGGAUUCUGCAGAAGCUGCCGCACCUCGGGGCCGCAAAGCGCAGCGUCUCGGCUACCUCGUCCGCGACCGACUUUGCUUACGAGCAUGACAUAAGCGUCACUGAGACCGGAGCGUGGGGCUCGGGGUCGGACGACGAGGCGACCGCAGCAUGCAGCACCUCAUCGAUGCCCAAGGCGGCGGCGGCCAAGAUUAAACGCACAUUCUCCCAGCACCUGAAGAGCAGGGCGUUCACCGUGACGCGGCGUCCCACGCUGCCCGAUCUCAGCCCGCGAGGUGCAGGCCCGAGUGCGUCGGGGGCAGCAGCGGCCGACACGCACAACACCAUCUACAUGCUGCCCGAGGACGAGGCAGACGAGGUGUUUACGGCCAGCGGUCUAGAGCUGCUGAGUCGCAUGGCGAGUGACACCGAUCCUUGCGUAGGCGGCACAAACGUCAUAGCACAGAGGAGCAUUGGCCAUGGCGGUCGACUCCAUCACACGAUCAGCUGCCCUGUGAUCAGCCCCAUGGAUGCAUCCGCAGCAGCGGCGACAAUGCUGCUCGGGCAUAUCCUGGGCAACGGCGCGGGCAGGGCGAAGACAGCCCGGGAGGCACUGGCCAGCAUUGCUCCGACCGACAGUGACUACCUAGCUGCCGCGAGCACAUGCACAACCAGCUGCGACGCGAUGUCAGAGUUCCCGCCGGCGUUCUCCGUCACCACCAAAGCGUCCGGAACCUCACCCGCCCUGGGCCGGAGCAGCUGUGAGCAGUCGGACGGCCAGCCAGACUUGGCCGAGGACGAGACGGAGCAGCUGGAGCACGCCCCCUGCAGUCCGUACACCGCAUUCCGAGAGCCCAACAGCAUAGGCCCAGGCAUGGGCUGGUCGGACCAACACGAGUCCGCGGCUGCCGAUCACUCGCAGUACCUGCAAUAUGGGCAGGUCAUUGACCCUGUUACGGGCGUGGAAAAGCUGGAACAAGCGCUGGACAACGCCACCGGUCAAUACACAUGCUACGGGUUUACGCCCGAGCACCUGUCGCAGCAGCAACAGUGCAGGACGUCGGAAACAGAUACGGACGACGUGGACAAUACUUACAACGUGUACGGAGAACAGCCGAGAGAAGUAACGGCUUCCUCAUCCUUCUCUCAACGCAGUGCUGGCGGUGGCGAGGAGGAUGAUGACGGAAAUGAGUUGUCAUACACAGAAGUCCGCUCCACACACGGCAACAAGAAGAUGCUCUCGGCCAGAUCGUCAUCGUCCAGGGUGGCCAUACCGUUGCUUAGCACUAGCACCGCCGCAUCCUCCGGGUUCCACCGCGAUAAGCGCUCCAGCUUGCCGCCUUGCUGCUCAGGAACGGACAUUGGGUACUCCAUGUACGGGCCUUCGUCGUUGGAAGCAAUGGCCGCCGCAGACCAGCCCCCCGUGGCGCGGGGGAAGCACUCGUCGCUGCCCACGCGUCACAAACGAGUGCGAGUCCGCCAGUCCAGCCUGUGCGAGGAGACGCUGCAUAGCCAGGAGCGCUGCCAGCUCACCACACUGGCCGACACAGCCAGCAGCUCGGGGGCAGCAUUAGGAUCGCCGUCUAAUAGCCUCAAUGAACUGGACCGCGGCAUACAAGAGCAUUCUCGUUUGCCAUCUAGCACCGAGUUACAUUUGAGAGGCAUCGCUGCACGCAUCGACAACACCCCUGGUGCUAUUUUGGAGAGCGCAGCCAAUCACGGUGAUAACUUUGCCAAUGCGUCUGCAGCAGACGGGCAGCAGACGCACUCAAACUUUCCGCCUGCAUCGCAGAACAAAAGACGGACGAGCAGCCCUGCCGUCGUAGUCCCGAUAGCCAGCACCGCCGCUGGAUCUCCCAGCGCAUUUAGCCAGUGGGAUCUGCUGUCGAUCACCCCUCCGCCCACUGCAGCUGCACCUCUACCCGACGGCCAGUCCAGCGCGACUAACGCGGGAGAGGGCAAUGCAGAUAACGAGGCCGAGGAAGACAAACUCUACAUCGACUUCAACCCCAUCCGAGGACCAGCAUCAGCAGCAGCAGCAACAACAGCGACGGCGAAGAGACCCGCAGCAUUGAAAAUCGACGUCAACAACUCUUCCACAGAUGACCAGGACGUGAUGAAAUCUGCGUGCAAGUGCGGCGCUAGCGAGCGGAGGAAGCAAGCAGAGUCGAAGCGGCUCGCCGCCGCGAAGAAACGAAGGCAGAAGACGGCCGGCACCACGGCGGGCAGCGACAGUUCGGACUUCCAGUCGCCCCCGCCGCAGCUCAGCCCCAUGUCAGCACAUCCUGCUCGGACACCGGGCAUGCUGCCCGCACACCAGCAGACCAGCCUCCUCGCCAGUAUAGCAGCACUGGCGGCCCAAGCAGCAGCAACCAGGCUUGGCACGAGUGCGCCCGGCCAGCACAUCGCCAACCGACGCAGAGAACUCAAACUGUGUCCUGGAGGAGUCGCGCCACACUGCCUUGGCCGACAUCAGCAACAAGGUUGCUCCGAAAAUGCAGCCUUCAACGAAACUACCAGCAACGAGAACACCUUCCGAGGAGAACAAGCAGGGCCGUGCAAGCAAAGUACACAGCUCCCCCGCACAACAAACAAACGAUAA